AUGUGGCUUAACAGCUUCCAGCUUCACCUAGGUUGGAAACACAGACUAAUGGUGGUUAUGACUGCUAGCAUUGUAUUAUGGUUCUUGAGAAAGUACCUUUCUUUCCUAAUCGGUGAUUUCCAAGAUUUCAAGCAUAUCGAUAUCUCGGGAUUUUGCAAUAAUGGCAAUAUUCAAGACCUCGGGUACAAGAAUAUGAGGCAAACUGGCCAUAUUAGCGCGCAAAGAAGCAUCCCCUUGCAUAACAACAUCACCCAGAUAGCUAGUGCUUUAGCGUCACAUCCCAUGGUACGCCUUAACGAAAAUAAGGUAUCGGUGCCUGUCAACGUAAAUCCCAAUCGCUGGACCCAAUUCGCAGGUGCAGGGGUGUGGCUCCCCGAAUACAAUGUCUAUCUUGUUGUUUCCCGUGUGGUAUACACAAGGCCAGGUGUUUCAUGGCCCACAAUUAGCUUCCUAAGGGGACAAAUAUUUGACGAAGACUGGAACCACCUGGAAAAACAUACAAUAGAGUGGUAUGGCACCAAGAUGUAUUUUCCCAUGGUAUUUGAGAUACCAGCAGUGUGGUGGGAAGAGGGGGGCUUCUUCGGUCCAGAGGACCCUCGAAUAAUCUUAGACGAGGGCGUCCAAGGUGCCGAGCCGCUUAUUGUCUUUAACAUGAUUUCGGAUGGUGCAGGAAGUCCACGAGCCAUGUGGAUCCAUAAACCAUUCUCGAACUUUACGACGAUAUUGACAAUACGCAACGAGGAAAGAAGGCCUGUGGAGAAAACUUGGGCCCCUUUCUUUCAUAACGAGCCCAGUGCAGGUAAAAGAACCGAGACCAAUGAGUAUCUGCACUUUGUGUAUAGUCUCAGGCCUCUACAGGUGCUCAGCUGUAUGACUAGGAGUGGUGAGUGUGACUGGGUGUUCAGACAAGAAGUCCCAGAUGCUUUAGCAGAAUUGCAUGGAGAUACACGAGGAGAAAUGAGGGGCGGAACGAACUUUGUGCCAAUCCCUAUAGAUGGACAUUCGGACAUCCAGACGUAUAUUGGUCUUCCUCGAACGCAUCUUAAUUUCUGCAGUGCUGGUGCAACCUACCGUCCAGAAAUAACGGUACUCUCCGGCGUCGAAUCCAAGUUCCACAUCGCAUAUGCCAGUGUUGCAACCGAAUUCGGACACACCUUGCUUGAUGAGGAUCUCCUCAGUAAUCCUUGUAUUAAGGGUAAUAUCUUGAUACCUAGCAGCAUUGUACGAUGGGUCUACAACUCCAGGGAAGACAUGAUGGAAGUGUCAUUCAGUAUAGCUGACGAAAACAUUCACAUCCUCCGCCUCUACGGGGUGUUGAGUUUCAUCCGCAGCCUGCCAUACUAUAGCCGGUUCUUAGCACUUGACAAUCCACAUCAUGACGACGCCUCUCGCAAUUUUCGCUGGUCCGUGGUAGGGAACUAG